CAUAGGGUUUGCUUUGUUCUGUUCUAGUGGACCGUGGGCCCAUGGCGAAAAGUUGAAAACUUCAGCAAAAUGUUACGAAGCUUUGCUUCUCUCUCUGUCCUUCUGUUUAAUAUUUUUGUCUGAAAAAAUACUCCCAAUCUCGUCCGGCUACAUCUUCGGUCCAGGUUGAAGGUGAUUAUGUUUAGUGGAUAUAUCCUGGAGAGGGCCUGUGAUCUUUUCAGGUGUUCUGGUAGCAGUAUUUUUUCUGAAAGAUUCCAUUUCAAUUAUCCCCUUGAUUGGUAAAAACUAUGCAACCAACUGGGGCAAAAGAUACUCAUCUCCGUGAUAGCAACAAUCCAAAAGUCCACCCUCAACCCAUGGAAGAGAGCAUGAACCAGAAUCCAGAAGAUGUGGAAGCUCUCAUAUCCAAAUUAUUUACGAACAUCUCCUCCCUCAAGUCAGCUUAUAUUCAGCUACAAACUGCUCAUACUCCCUAUGACCCUGAAAAGAUCCAAGCUGCUGAUAAACUUGUAAUAUACGAGCUGAAGAAUCUAUCUGAACUGAAGCAUUUUUACAGGGAAAAGAAUCCCAAGCCAGUGUGUGUUUCUCCUCAAGAUUCUCGUUUAGCUGCUGAGAUCCAAGAACAGCAGAGCCUGCUGAAAACCUAUGAGGUUAUGGUUAAGAAAUUUCAGUCUGAAAUUCAGAAUAAGGAUUCCGAGAUUCGACAGUUGGAGCGGCAAAUUGAAGAUGCAAACCAGAAGAGAGUGAAACUGGAAAAGAAUAUAAAGCUUAGGGGAUUGUCUAUAAAGGAAUCUGAAGGCUCAGGAGAAGAAAAUGGAAUCUUUCCUGUGGAUUUGACACACGAGCUCUUCACAUCAGCUGUUGAAUCUGCUUUCAAAUCAAUUCAUGAUUUUUCUAAACCGUUAAUCAACAUGAUGAAAGCUGCUGGCUGGGACCUUGAUGCUGCCGCCGACUCAAUUGAGCCCAACGUUGUUUAUGCCAAGAGAGCUCACAAGAAAUAUGCAUUUGAGUCCCACAUUUGCCAGAGGAUGUUCAGUGGGUUUCAACAGGAGAAUUUCUCUAUUAAAUUAGAUAACGCUACGGUCAAUACAGAGAGCUUCUUCCACCAAUAUCUGGCCCUGAGGGAGAUGGAUCCAUUGGACAUGUUGGGCCAGAAUCCUGAUUCCUUUUUUGGGAAAUUUUCCCAGAGCAAGUACCUGAUGGUCGUUCAUCCAAAGAUGGAAGCUUCAUUCUUUGGAAAUCUAGACCAGCGUAAUUACAUAAUGGGAGGUGGACAUCCUAGGACUCCAUUUUACCAAGCCUUUCUAAAAUUGGCUAAAUCUAUUUGGCUUUUGCAUAGGCUAGCCUACUCGUUCGACCCUAAUGUGAAAGUCUUUCAAGUUAAAAGGGGGAGCGAGUUCUCAGAGGUUUAUAUGGAAAGUGUAGAGAAGAAUUUGAUGAUGGAUGAUACCAAUGAGAAGCCCAAGGUUGGGCUAAUGGUCAUGCCUGGCUUUGAGAUUGGUGGCAGUGUCAUCAAGAGCCGAGUUUAUCUUUCCGGAAUGAAGAUUAACGAGUAAAUUACCAGCACCACGCAAAUCUAUUUAGAGUUUAACGAGUAAUGCACAUAUGUACUAAUAUAGUAUGCUGUUUGUCUUUGUGAUUUGUUGUUAUUGCUGUAGUUACAAAAUCACAGUAGUUGUAUCUCUACAUCGGAGCUCGCUGUUUCUUGACAAAGUUCAUUUGUCUUUGUGCUUCAACUGUUCUUCUGGGUUUUAAAUUGGCUGCAAGUAUGCAGCAAUACAGUCCCAUGAUCUGAGCAUCAUCUGUUUCUAUGCUUUAGUUGUGCCCUUAGAUUGCUGAAAGAGCAGAUGCAAGGAAAAUGUUAUUGUUAUGAAACGUUGUUAUCGACUUCAAAACUGGUGUUUGCUCAUCAA